UGCAAUAAAAAAAUAGGGUAAACUCAUUGUUAUUCAAAGCCAAAGAUUACUGACUUCGAAGAGCGAGGUUUCUAGCCAACAAAUAUAUUUUGUUCACACCUCCAAAUAUAUAGUCGUAUAGACAAUUGAGUUUGUGUUCAAUACGCCUUUGACUGCAACCUCAUACCAAGCGCUGUUUGGUAUGAUGUUCACUCUGCUACUUUUCGAGACUUUGCUGCCAAUCCUCUGGUCUCUCGUUGUCUUCCAUCUGAAUGUCUAUCGUAUCGUCGUUAAUGCAUCGUUCGAGUUAUAGUUUUCUUUUAGAGAAAACAUUCAGCGAGAUAUUAUGAGAGAUCAUUUCAAAUUAUUAAAUCGUGUUCAGCUGUUAUAUCUCGAUUACUACGUCAUGAUUUCUGCAUUUCGCGACAUUAUAAAAUCGGAUCCCGAACAUCGGAAUCUUGUCAUUGUUAAAGUCAUUAAGCAUUACUACUAUAAUAUUCGGUACGAGUUUUCCGAUCAGGCAACGUUUUGUCACAAAGACUAUACCUGAAGAAAUUCUAAUGAGUGCGGCUGUCGUCGCUAGCGAAAGAUGUGGACUGGACAGGAGACAUGAGCUUCUAGUAUUUUGGAGCAGAUCAGAUACCGCAAUGCUGAAGACGACCCUCUAGCUGUGUGCAUAUCCUCGAUACCGAUAUUAAUGCUGUACAAUACUUCACUAUCAGCAAUAACUGCAAUAAUGAAACCUGACGUUUCCACUUCUUGAGCCAAAAAAUUGUGUAUGUUCUUGUACACAUCGAAAGGAGCUGUAGAUUUUGUCGACUCCGUACUUCGUCUGUAGUACCCAGUGCCAUAUCUACGCGAACAGGUUGCAAGUCACCAUCUCUGCGAUGCAAUAUUGGCCUUUAUCAUCUGACUUCUGCAUGAAGGAAGGUACUAGAACACGUCAUUUCAGUUUCUGCCCACGCUUAUGCAGAAGACCCCCGACGCUAUUUAUGCGUACAUGAGGCCAGUCACUAGGGUUAGCUGUGGCUGCUGAAAACAGUUGGGCUGUGCUUACAUGAAUAGCAUUUUUGAAUCAUAUGAUCGCCAAACGCAAUUGCAACAUGGUCCGGCUCAGUUGUACAAACAAAAAGUGUUCCUCACCAUGCUUCGUGUUGUUACAAGAUGAAUAAUAUGUGAAUCUCAAUGUUUUGUUGAAUAAAAUACUGGAGUGAGUUAUCUCAUAGAGCAAAU